AUGCCUAACCCACCCAACCGCCACAUGCACAGAGUUGGAGGCGGCGAUGGUCGAGGGAACACCGACAUCAACUCGGCAUACUGGAAAGCCUUCGUGAUGGCGCUCCAGACGAGGAUUGGAGGAGCCGGCAAUGACAGGCUCUUUUACGCGGCUGCCGAGACAAACCGAAGCAUUCCGGCCUCCGAGUACAUUCCGAUGGCCACCACUAACGAGUUCCUCUACAAUGAGGCGGAUGCGUUGAUUCCGCUUGAUGAGCCCGUGUACAACCCAGGCAACGGAGGAUAUUGCGCAGCUCUGUUGCAGUACUUGAACUUAUACAGGGUUACCCUCACUGACACGCACGACCAUGACAAGGCAGACAAACUGAGGAAGGAGAUGACCGACGCGAUAGCCGAGCUCAGGGUCGCCAAAAGCGCCGCUUUGAAAGCAUACAAUGAGGAUGUGAAGAAUGGCAUCACAGCAAAAGGCCAGGGCUUUCCCAAAUGGUGUGAGCAGAACGAUCCCAGCAUCAAGGCAUUGGAAGAGACCAUGCGCACGAAGAGUGCCCUGUUCGAUGCGUGUCAGAACGGCGAUGGCGUCGCAUCGAACUUGAAUACUUUCCGCAACAGGGUUAACGACGCGGCCCUGGGCGCAGGCCAAAAUCCGGGUAUUUGCAUGCAAUGCUGCCCCGAACCGAUUGGCGACAUCGCAGCCAAGAUCCACACGCCGCCUGGCCAGCCGAAGCCUCCGAUCGCCCAGGAGCCUGACGUGAGUGCGUCGUACUGGCGAGCUGCAUACGUACUCGACCCAACAUACAGGGGCACCAUGGACCGCUGGUCCUCAAACUUUGAAAAGUCUUCGGCCCACAACUCUAUCAAUCUGGACAUCCAAAGCGCCAUGAACAAGAGUUGGAAGGACCUUGGCUACGAGCAGGUGGCAGCUGGGUUCGACGCCAGCUGUGCUGGUUUCAUUCGCGUCGGAGCUAGCGGCAUGGAGACUUCCAAGUACGAAUCAGCUGGCAUUGAGCAUCAUCAGACCGGGGUUUCUAUGUCGAUGUUUUGGAAGGAGAUGCAGCUCUUUAACGUGAAGCGCGGGACCUGGGAUGUCCCCAAUGUUCGCCAAACGUUUGCACUCCCAGCUGGCCAUGCGGGAACCGGGCUUGGUAAACGCGCCGUACCAACUCAGUUCCUUUGCGCUUCUGGGUUUGGCCUCAAGUGCGUCCUUCAGGGCGAGGCCAAGAAGGCGUUCAAUGAAGCUUGGGAACGCCAGGUUGCCUCCAAGGGCGCAGCCAGCGUGCGAAUUUGCUGCUUUGGUUUUGACGCGUGCGCCAAGUACGACAAAAAAGACGAGCAAGAGUCGUCGACUUGGGAAUACGAUGCAGCGAGUGGCACGAUCACAAUCAACCCAACCCCGACUUUCGGUAACGCGGUGCUGCUGGGCAUCUGCUGCAGCGUGGUCGAGCUUUAG